GAGAAAAUAACAUCCAAUCAAACAAAAAAAAAAGUUACAUAGAAAAAUUGAAGAUGGGAAACGCCAUGGGAGGGGGUAAAAAGGCAAAGGUUAUGAAGAUAGAUGGUGAAACCAUUAAGCUGAAAACUCCUGUUAGAGCAAACGACGUCGUUAAAGACUACCCUGGUCACGUUCUAUUGGACUCUCACGCGGUGAAACAUUUCGGGCUUCGGGCCAAGCCACUUGAACCGCACCACGAGCUCAAGCCCAAGAAAAUUUACUUCUUGGUGGAGUUACCCAAGGCCCAGCCUGAACCGUUGCCGAGGAGGGUGCGAUCCAGUGGUAUAAGGGGCAUGAACGCUAAGGAUAGGCUUGAUUUCUUGAUGCUAUCGAAGCGCUCCGUUUCGGACCUUACCAUGGUUAAGCAUGGGCCCGGCUCGGAUCAUGGUGGGCCCACGAGGGUGAAGAUGAGGCUGCCCAAGGCCCAGUUAGAUAGGUUGAUGGAGGAGAGCCACGACGGAAGUGAGGUGGCGGACAAGAUUAUAAGUUUGUAUAUGGGGAACAAUGCCACCGUGGACGGUGGCGGAACGGUUGAAACUAACGGAGGAGUUAACGAUCAUAAGCCACGACGGAAACGAGUGAGCUUCAGCCCUGUAGAACAAGGAGAAAUUCGUGAAGAAGCAAUUCCUCAACGGUCAAUUGUUUAUAGCAGUCCUUCCAGAUAGUAAUUUAUGCAGAUCUAAAAUUUAGCAGCACAACCACUACCAUUCUAUGAUGGAAGCUUCUGAAGCAAUUUAAUUUUGAACUAAGCUCUGUAGCCUAUAUAUUUAACUAGAUAAUGUCAAUAUAUUUAUACAUUUGCACGGCUCGGAUAAGAUGCAAAUGUUACUUCUAGAGGUAAAUAAUCUUCCUAUUAUUAGUUACUUACAGUCAGUGAUAAACUUAAAAAUUAACGUUUUCCAUUUUAAUAUAACCCACAGAACUUAACACAUUUUAACAGUUAAGAGCCUAUAAUGGGCAUAGCCUACCUAAAAAUUUCUUGCAAAGUAAUAUAACACCAAAAAGCAGAAGAAACAUCAAACUAAACUGUAUCAAUAACAAGUGCGAAAUAUUUCAAACUUCAAAUAUGCAAUAGUGAGUUAUUCAACCUCAGCUUUAGCUUGAUAUGAUAUAGUGCCUCAUCAAUAUAGUCUGAUGCAGUCAUUGGCAUCACUCUUUGUCGAAUAGUCAAAAGUUCAAACAAAGGCUUAUUUAGACAUCCUACAGUCAAACUUACUUCUAAUGGCCUCCCAGAAGGCAGGAAUAGAGAUGUCAUCAGGUACUUCCUUAAAUGAUGGGAGAUAGUUUACAUCAACAAUUACAUGGUCAUGAGUACCUUCCUGAAUUACAACAUCAAAACCAAAGAUGGUAAGAUGAAGCUUUCUCCUAAGCCAAUUUGCAGCAUCUGUAACCAGCUCAAGGUCAAUAGACACAUUACUUCUCAUACUAUGAUCACUGGCUCCAGAAUCCUUGAUGCUGUCAGAAGUGGGUAGAGAUUUCAAGCUAUCAAACACUAGAGGUUUGAGGUCAUCACCUUUAGAUAAUUUCAUCAAGAUAUCAGCAUUUGGUAUUGACUUCUUGACAGCAUAGAAGAUAUUUUCACCCAACACAUAAAAUUUGUACAAAGUGGAUGAAUGAUCCACAUAUUCCUGAAUAAUAGCUGGAAGAGGAACAUUUAAAUUCUUAAAAUCACCAACUCUGAAAACAAUUGCCAUCUUAUGUGCAUCACUGACACCACAAGCAACUUUGGGUUUCACUAUACAUGGAAAAGACAAUCUAGAUUCAGCUAGUCCAGUCACAAAAUCAAAUUUGUCAAAAUUAUCAACCUUAAGAAAAUUAGCCCCUCUGAUCAAAUAUCUGCCUUCAGUGUUCAGUUCUACCAAGCCAAGUAGAACUUGUUGAAUUUCCAGCCUAUCCAAUAAAGGAUAAAUGUUACUCAGAGGAUCAAUCACACAGAAAUCCUGGUCCUGAUCCAAAUAUCUUUGUAAUGCUUGCAUGUUCUGUGUAAAAGUAAGCUUAUUAUCUUCAAUAAAUAAUAUUUCAUCAGUGGCUUUGUGGAGAACUAUGUCAACAUCCUUCAAUUGAGAUGAUAGAGGUAGCUUGGAUGAAAGAGGCAUAAACAUCAACCCAUUUUGAGUAGGACACAAAGGGAAUGCACCCCUCUUUGCAAAAUCUUCCACACGAGAAGGCUUCAUUAUAUAACCCACCGUGGCGGCAUUGGUUCCAACUGAUCUUUUAUUUAAGUGGCAUAUGGUCAAUGGCAACUCUUCUAAAUUUUCAAUCUGAAGCAUGUUUGCGGUAUCACAUAAACUUUCACCUCCAACAUUCAGAAGAACAAUUAGCCAAUUAUUGCCACUUAAUUUAGGCAAGAAGUCCUUCUUAUUAGAAGCCAGGAUACAAUGUGAUUGAAGUAGUCCAAACUCCAAAUCAGGAUCAAUGUUGAAUGCCAGCCCAUGGGAAGUAAUUCCAUUUGAAAUUCUACAAACUUGGAACCCCAGUCUCACCAGUUUGUCCAGGGCAACCUUUCACACCAUAUAUUACAGCCAGUUCAACGAUAGUUAACUCAAGCUUUCAUACAUAACUUGGAGCACCAGGUCCAAUGUCACAAAGCACUAUAACAAGAUAUAAAAUGGCUUGGUGGGAACCAUGAAAUGUAAUAUCACCUUCCCUAUGGAGGAUUAGUGAAAUUCAGUUCCUGUUUGCUUUGUGAGCCAUUCUGAAGCAUUAAUAAAUAAUGAUCAGUUCUUCUUUUUCAACAGUAUAUGUAGCUGGAAGUUGGAAGGACAUAAUGGCAUCACAUCUAUGAUUCUAUAUAGCUAUAAAGAUUUUCAAUCCAAGACCAGCAUUUCCUGAAUUUUUAAUGCAUCUCAAAUAACUGAUAAUUCCUACUUUCUAGACCUCAAGGCUUCGCAAAAUCCCCAAUUCCCGGUUCAACUUGAUAUGAUUAAUUCCAUAAUCUGUUUCAUUUACCCACUAUUUAUUUCUAAUUACUUUGACCAUAUAUUAGGAUGCCAACCUUAAAAAAAAAAAAAAAAA